AUGGCGUCCGAAGACGAAGACUACUUUCUCCCACCGGAGCAACAGCGCCCCUUCAGCUCCGGUAUUCGCCGCAAACGCGUGCAGUUCGUGCGCUCCUCCAAUUUAGACACAACAACAGCCCCGACGCCCUCCUCCUCCUCCGGCGUCAGCAUCGCAGACACCUACCUCUCUAUCGUGAUGAAGCAGCCAGUCGCAAGCACUUCGCCGAGUACACCAACCCAGCGCCCACCAGCACCACCAAUCCGCAUACACUCCGCGCCACCAACUCAAAACAUAACCCGCCCGCCUCUACCCGCAGCCCCAGAAUACUGCGGCGUGUGCAAUCUGGCUCUCCCAUCACAAGCCGCAGCAGACGAAACAGACAAAAAAUCACGUCCCCAUGAAGCCUCUCUCGCACACCAGAUUUGUCUCGCCCACUCCCACCCGCCAUCCCACCUCGACCGCACGCGCUCAGGUCUUCGAUACCUUUCUACCUACGGCUGGGAUCCUGACAGCAGGCUUGGGCUUGGCGCAUCGGGCCGUGAGGGUAUCCGUGAACCUAUCAAACCUCGCGUCAAGCAUGGUACUGCUGGACUGGGAACUGGGCUUGAUCGGGAUGGAGAUCCGUUGCCGCCUAGACCGGUGCCGCCGGCGAAGGUGCAGAAGCUUAAUUCGAAGCAGGUGCGGAAUAAGGUCGCGGAGGAUAAGAAGAGGGCGGAGAGGAUGAGGAAGGCUUUUUAUCAGAAUGAUGAGGUUUUGAAGUAUCUUGGGGAGGGAGUGUAG